GUAGAGAUAUUUUUGAUGAGUCGACUUCUGUCAUUCCCACAUCCGCCGCGUUGAAUAAAACGAAUAACUUUUUGGCAACAUUUUGUGUCACUUAUUAAAACACCGGGAUUAUAAUUUGGUUCAUACGGUACGAUACACCUAAAUUAUGUUAUUUUGUUAACUAAUCAUCCAAUUAAAAAGAAACUGCGGGCAAAGCAAUAUAAAAAAUGGCAGUGAACGUAUAUUCAACUAAUGUUACCUCUGAAAAUUUAUCACGGCAUGAUAUGUUGGCGUGGGUCAACGACUGCUUACAAUCAAAUUUUGCUAAAAUUGAAGAGCUAUGCACGGGCGCUGCCUAUUGUCAGUUCAUGGACAUGCUGUUCCCCGGUAGUGUACCCAUCAAAAGGAUCAAAUUUAAGACAAACUUGGAACAUGAAUAUAUACAGAACUUUAAAAUAUUACAGGCUGCGUUCAAAAAAAUGGGUGUUGACAAGAUAGUACCCAUUGACAAACUGGUAAAGGGUAGAUUUCAAGACAACUUUGAAUUCUUGCAAUGGUUCAAGAAAUUUUUCGAUGCCAAUUACGGCGGCAUGGAGUAUGACGCGGUGGCGCAGCGCGAGGGCCUUCCCAUGGGCCAUGGGGGCUCUGCGGCGCCUCGCGCCUCUGCUGUCAAGAAACCAGCGGCGCCCGUCGCGAAAGUCGCCGCUAGACCCCAAACCAGUAUUGGCAAGACCAAUAGCACAGUGCGGUCGCCCCCUGUCAAUCUGGCAAGAAUACAAAAUUCAAAAGGAGAUUCUAAAGCCAUUGAUGAUUUGAACAUCCAGCUCAAUGAAUUGAAAGCAACGGUUGAGGGACUGGAAAAGGAACGAGAUUUCUACUUUGGUAAGCUUCGAGACAUAGAGGUUAUCUGUCAAGAGAUGGAAGAACAACAAACUGCUCCCAUUAUAACGAAAAUUUUGGAUAUUUUAUAUGCAACUGAGGACGGUUUUGCGCCUCCCGAGGAACUCGACGGUGACAAUCCUCAUCCACCAGAGGAGGAUGAAUACUGAACACUUCAUAACCAUAGUGCUCUUUGUAUAUUAAACUCGAAAUUAUAUCGCUUUAUAAUAAACAGUAUCAAGUGCUUAGUAUUUCACAGCCAAUGAGUCGUAAGGGAUAUAUUGUAUAGGCUAAAAAAAUAUGGAGACAGUGGCCCGAAAAUUGAAACACUCAUACUGAAGUUCCUAUAAAUGGUAUCUCUACCACACAUAUAUUUAUAUCGUAAAUUCAUAUAUAUUAAAAUUUAUAAUACUUUUAUUUUCAGUUUUCCAACAUACUUGAAACUUUAUUUUACUAUAUUGAUAAAAUGUAUAUUUUAUAAGUAUCACUGUCAUUUGAAAUUCUUUUUUUUUAUGUAAAUAUAAAAAAAAUGAUUAUUUAAAUUAAAAUAAUUCCUUUUAUAUGAAAUAAUUUUCUGUAAAAUAUUGCACCUUAACAAAAGGCUGUGUCAUACCUAAGUACAUUCCUUUAUUUGGGAGCAUUAUCUUUCGACUGAUUUCUUUCUAUAUUCUUAUGUUUAUGUGAAAAGUAUCUAGGUUCUGACGCAAUUAAUAUUUUUAAUGUGGAGGUAAUUAUUGAAUUGGUGCAUGAACAAUGUGACAUACUAGAGUUUUCACAAUGUCCUUUAUUAUAUGAUUUUUGGGCCACUGGUCCUGAUAUAAACGUGCAUUUAAUAGGUUGUUAAUUAUGGAAGAGAUUUAAUGUUACUUGUUUCUGUUAUGACGUCUAAAUUGACUGAAAACAUAUUUGGUACUAAAUUUAAUGUUCAUACAAGUGAUUGUAAAUUAGAUCUGAACGAAAUGUAUUACAAUGAUGUUUCCACCAUCGUGGAAUACUUUCGUUAUGAAUUGGCUGACAUUAGAAAGUAAUAUUAGUGGCAUUAUUCGAGUUACCUAUCUUUUGGUAACUGAAUAUAGGACUAGUACUAAUCUAUCUAACAUUAGAAAUAUUUUAAUAUGCAGAUAAUUGUUUGUUAAUUUAGCGAAGCAAUCAUGUUUGGAUUUUCAAACGACUUGUUGGCAAUAAGAGAUGUUAUUCGCUGGUUGACUUAAUAGAUAAAUAAUUUAUUUACUUGUGGCAUAGACAAAUUGCCUUAACUGCAGAUAUAAAACAUUGCCUCCAGUUUUAAGAUUGUCGAUCUUAUCAAUAAAGUAACUUCAUUAAAAAC